UACAUGUGAAUCAGAGAUCUUUGUUGCUAAAAACUGAACUGGGAAACUGGCUUCUGUGGUUCAUCUGGUUUGUCAUAGAAUUCAAAGAAAUGUUUGCGUCAAAUGAUGACUGUUAGAAACCCUCUGGUAUCUUAGUAUAUAAUUUUUUAAUCAGAUAGUAUACACCAGUGUUAUUAACUCAUCUCCCAAUUUAAGUUUGCUUACUGUGAACUUCACAAACAGUGGGGAAGUAGGUCCAAAAUGGCCCGGAGUGAACAAAAUCAAACAACUGAAAGAUGCAGAAAAGUGAAAAUAAAGCAGAGUAAGAUCAACAACAGAUUCAUAGAGUGGGCCAUUCACCAAAAUCCAAAACAGCCAAAUGGUUUCAGUAACAAAUUUUGAUUUCCACACUAAAGACUCUUGGUGUUGCAUCUGAUCUCUUCACUUAUUAAAUGAAUCCAACAAAACACACUUAAAUUGUAUAUAAUGAAGGAAAAGAGCUCACAAAGGGCCCUAAAUGGAGGAAGAAUAAAUUAAUGUGACCACGUUAAACUCAUCUCAUACUGUUCAACAAGAUAAUCAAAAAGAUAAUAUCUGUUGCAAACUUGCAAACUUGCAUUGCACAAUGGAUGUGGUCAGAAGUCCUGAUAAGAUAGUCUUAUGUGCCAACAAGGCAAACGAUGGUAUAAAAAAGGUCAGGUUGACUUGACACCCCCAAGUUAACCAUCCUGCUGGCAUCAUGCAUGGUCUUCACAAAAUUCUGCUUUUUCAAGCCCUGGCAUGUCUUGGACCAAGCGCUCUUGGGAGUGAAAUCAUACAUGGAGAGAAAGUCCCGGAAAACUCAAUGCUGUAUAUGGCAUCAGUGCAAAACAACUACGUUCAUACUUGUGGAGGAUUCCUUGUCAGUGAAGACUUUGUGAUGACUGCGGCACACUGUGAUGACCCCAAUCUUACAAGUGUUGUUCUUGGCACCCACAAUCUCAAGACGGUUAGUGAUGACAUGAGAUACGGUGUAAAGAGAUGCAAACAUCCAUCUUACGUGAAUGUCUCAAAUGGGAAUGACAUCAUGCUCCUCAAGCUGUCCAGGAAAGUUCAACUAAACAACAUAGUGCAAACAAUUCAACUUCCGAGUCAUCAAAUAAACCUAAACGAAAAUGAAAAUUGCCGUGUAGCUGGAUGGGGUACAAAUCGAAGUCAUGGUGGUGUGGUUGCUGACCUGCAAAUGGUGGAUGUGCCAAUCAUGGACCUGGAAAAGUGUCAGAAGGAGUGGGAUAAUAUGCUUCCUGCCAAUGUUAUCUGUGCAGGUGGAUAUGGCACAGACAAAGGAUUCUGUCAGGGUGAUUCGGGUGGUCCUCUGGUUUGCAAUGGGAUGGCAGUUGGUGUUGUGUCUUUCAACCGGAAUUACAACUGUGACUACCCAAAUGCACCCAACGUGUAUGUUAAUAUUUCAAAAUACCUGACCUGGAUCAAAAAGAUUCUCAAGGAAAAGAAUUGUUAAAUGGUAGAGAUAGUUUUGCUUCAGUGUUGGGGAGGACCUAUAAUGUCU